GGCUGUUUUUUGUUAAUUUCAGAUGGGCGCAGCCGAGGAGAUUGACUCGAUUCACUGCUGAAACGGCGACGGUUAAGCGCACGUAUGAAGACUGUGGGGCGAACCUUAUUUGCCCUUUUAAUUUAUUUUUCUCUUCUUUGAUUUUGAAUUCUUUCGCUGGGCGGAGAUUGUCUCGAAACUAGAUCUGAUCAGCAGUCCUGGAUGUUGGCUUGUUGACUCUGUUGCCCUCUCUGUCCACAGUCCGGCACUCGUCGUCGACCCUGAAUUCGAGACAAAGGCCGCCUCGGCAUCCCCCUGAAAUGGCGCAUCGUAAGAUAUAUCUCAUCGCCCCCUCCCUGCUUUCCCCGGGGAGUAUACACCAUCCACCGCAAGCAUGGCGACCCGCGUGCUCUUUCUCGCCAACAGCGAGCAUGGCCAGACCAACAUUGUCCUAGCCAUCAUCCACGAGCUCCUCGUGCGCGGGGACAUUGACGUGCAUCUCGCGUCGUUCCCCGUCCUCGAGAAGCGACUCGAGAAGCUCCUCAGAGACAAUGAGGCGAGCUACGACAGCACGUACAGGUCGCGCGUGCACUUCCACCCCGUCCGAGGGCCCUCGAAUACAGAGAUCUUCAUUCGAACGGGCAAGCGCGGUGCCUUUCAUCCACCUGGGUACUCGGGCUCCGUCCUCGGAUUCAAGUCGCUGUGCGAGGAUAUCUGGGGGUGGACAGAGUCUGAAUAUGUGGAUAUCUACGAGAGCUGUGUUGAGAUCAUCAAGGAGGUCAAUCCCGAUGUCACGGCGAUCGACUUUUUCUUCCUGCAGGGUCGCGAUGCUGCGUACAAUACGGGACACACCUGCGUGCUCUUGAACACGACCUCUCUGUCGCAUAUCGUCCUUGGACUGCAGAAGAAUGCCGCGUGGGCCUGGAAGUACCCAAUGCCCGGCACCGGCUUCCCAUACCCCCUCCCACCACACCUCAUCCCCCUCAACACCAUGGCCGUCAUGAAGACCGCCAAAAUGUAUCACGGCAGCGGCCGCCGUCGCGAGAUCCGCGACUGGCGCAUCAAGCACAAGAUCCACGGCCGCUUCCCCUUUGCCGACGCCUGGAUGCCCAACCGGCUUCAUCUCUCACCGGCCUUGAAGGAGCUGGACUGGCCGUUCCAGGUGCCGGACAAUGUCGUCGCUUGCGGACCUAUCCUCCUCCCGGUCGCGCCCGUCAAGACUCAGGACGCGGAGAUGUUCACGUGGCUGCAUCAGGCGCCAACUGUGCUCAUCAACCUGGGGACUUUGUAUGCGCCCGACCCCAGCGUGGUCAAGGAGAUUGCGCUCGGCGUGCAGUCGUUCCUCAAGGCGACGUCGGAUCGAAAGAUCCAGGUCCUCUGGAAACUGCCCAAGCAUCCUCAUGACCAGGACGAGAUCUAUAACGAGUCGAUCACGCCGCUGCAAAAGGAGAUGGAUAGCGACCAGGUUCGCAUCAAGUCAUGGUUCGAGGUUGAGCCGCUUGCCAUGCUCGAGACUGGGCAGGUUGUUUGCUCGGUUCAUCAUGGAGGUGCAAACUCAUGGUAUGAAGCCAUUCAAAACGGGGUCCCCCACGUCGUUCUCCCCGCCUGGCAAGACUGCUACGAGAACGCAGCUCGUGCCGAAUGGUUGGGAAUCGGUGUCUAUGGAAACAAGACCAGGGCUCCUGAUAUUAGCGGAAAGGAGCUGAGCAAAGCGCUCAUCAAGGUUCUUGGGAACAAGUCGUACCUCGAGAAAGCGGCCAAACUGCAGAAGCUGUGCCACAAGAAGGAAGGCCGUGUCGCCGCUGCGGAGAGAAUCGCUGAUCUCGCGACUCGCAAGGACAAGAGCAUGAUCACUGUCCCCGAGCCCAAGGUUGAUGAUCCGAGCCUGCUGAAGGUGAAGAACAAGGCUGGAGUCGUGUUGGAGACGACCAAGUCCCCCAAAGCGUUUGGUUCCAAAUCCAUCUUCAGAAGACUCGCCGAGAUCCUCGCCGUGACCUUCAUCUCCAACACCUGGUUCCUCCUCCCCAUCGCCGGCUACUCGCUCCUGCUGAUCCCACACAUCCGCUUCCUGGCCCUGAUCUACAUCAUCCACAUCAAGUUCUUCUCCAACGCCCACAAAACCACCAACCGCUCGCGCAGCAGCUGGUUCCGCUCAUCCUGGCUCUGGCAGCUACACGCCUCGUAUUUUCCCAUCAAAAUCUACCGGUCGGCGCCGCUUUCUCCGCGCAAGAAGUAUAUCUUCGGUGGGCACCCGCAUGGGAUCGCGUGCCAUGGUCUUGUCGGUGCGUUUUCCGCUGAUGCGACGGGCUUCGAUAAGCUUUUCCCGGGUAUCAAGAAUACUAUGCUUGUCAAGGACCAGAUGUUUACCACCCCGCUGCUCCGCGAGUAUCUCUUCUACCGCGGACAGAGCGGUGUCUCGCGGGACUCGUGCAUCCAGCACCUCACCCGUGGCGGAUACGACCUCCGCGGAAUGGGAAAGGCCAUCACGAUCAGUGUCGGCGGGAGCAGAGAGUACCGCAUCGCGCGACCUGGGACAAUGGGGAUCGUGAUCAAGAUCCGCAAGGGGUUCAUCCGGCUCGCUGUUGAGACGGGGGCCGAGCUCGUUCCUGUCCUUGUCUUUGGGGAGAACGACCUCUUCGCGCCGAUUGACAUUACCUCCUUUUCGAUCAAGGGGCUCAUUGCCUGGGCGUGGGAAAAGGCUGUUGGGCACAAGGUUGCGUUUUCGCUGGGACGGUUUAAUAUCUUCUGUCCGUACCGCAGGCCGCUGCAUGUUGUUGUUGGCCGCCCGAUCCAAGUUAAGCAGCAGCGGUUUGACAUCGAUGAGGCGUACCUGGAUGAGCUGCAGGGCAAGUAUGUCGAUGAGCUCAAGUCGAUCUGGGCGAACUGGAGGGAUACCUUUGAGCACGAUGCGUCGGUCAAGUUUGAGAUUGUCGAAUAAUCGGUCUACUGUCUGGUACAGAUGCGACUGAGACUGGGUAACGGAGGGGAGAGUAAAUUGCAUGUUAUGUACAGUUGAGUGAAUGCUAUUAUGUGAUCAGUGACACGCCUUUCCGUACUUCUUGAGUCGCAGGUAGUUGUACGGCAACGGAGUCAAGAAUCCGGCAGUAAUUGAGACUGCAGCGGCGAGCCAGAACUUGGGAUCGUCGAGAACGACCACACCCCCCGUGAGAUGGUAGUCGACUACAUUCUCGGCGACUUCCAUGGCCAGCAUCGAGACGAGGCUCAUCCCCAUCGCGGUGCGAGCGGCCAUGGGCCAGGAGAGCUUGUCGGCGCCGCGUCGAAGGAGAACCGUUUCUAGGAUGAUCGAGGUUGUGAUUCCGGAUGCCACUGACUUCGUUAGCGGAGGUUUCAGAGGUAGACAAGACACAUACUCGACGCAGCCAUAAUGGUGCCCAUCCCCAGAUCCGGAGCGUAUGUCUGCAGCAACCACAGGGCGGAAAAAUCGCCGACCGUGCAGCCAACCAGGCAUCGCAGUGUGUUGAUUCCAGCCCGUCGCCAGGUGUGUCGACAGGACCAGAACGGCCGGUUCCAAGGGGAGGCGUUCUUUCCUUGCGGUGCUUGACAGUCUCUCCCAGUUUGGAAAGCGCGACUCGACGUGAUCAACACGCGUCGUUGCUGUCGGAACACUCCCGUAACUGCUGAACAGCGCAGCAUGAUUAUAGGUAUGAUGGAGGGCUAUAAGCAAAAAGAGGAAGUUUUGGGCAUUUUCAGCGACAGCAUUUUGCUUGU